GGUGGGCUCGCGAUCUGUGCCCGCACGCAGGGCGGGAGUGUGUGAGGGUCUCGCGCUCUAGACUCUGCCUCGCUUAGAGCCGCGCGCGCGGGGUAUGUGUCCCGCUGCAGCGGCUGGUGGGGGCUGCCCCCUCCCUGGCUCGGCGCUGUGAGUGGGCGGAAGAUGGCGCUGGGCGGAUGGAAAUCCUAAUGACGGUCUCCAAAAUCGCCUCUAGCUGUACCAUGGGCGCCAAUGCCUCAACUUUAGAGAGAGAGAUUGGUCCGGAACAGUUUCCAGUCAAUGAGCACUAUUUUGGUUUAGUUAACUUUGGGAACACAUGCUACUGCAAUUCAGUUCUUCAGGCACUUUAUUUUUGUCGACCAUUUCGAGAAAAAGUCCUAGCAUACAAGAGUCAACCGAGAAAAAAAGAGAACCUUCUUACAUGCUUAGCUGAUCUCUUCCACAGCAUAGCUACACAGAAGAAAAAAGUCGGAGUAAUACCUCCAAAGAAGUUUAUAACAAGAUUACGAAAAGAAAAUGAGCUCUUUGACAACUACAUGCAGCAGGAUGCGCAUGAGUUCUUAAACUAUCUUUUAAACACAAUUGCUGAUAUUUUACAAGAAGAGAGAAAGCAGGACAAACAAAAUGGCCGUCUACCUAAUGGCAGUAUCGACAAUGAAAACAAUAACAGCACACCAGACCCAACCUGGGUUCAUGAGAUCUUUCAGGGAACAUUAACUAAUGAAACCAGAUGUCUUACUUGUGAAACUAUAAGUAGCAAAGAUGAAGAUUUUUUAGACCUUUCUGUUGAUGUAGAGCAAAAUACAUCAAUUACUCACUGCUUAAGGGGUUUCAGCAAUACAGAAACUUUAUGCAGUGAAUAUAAAUAUUACUGUGAAGAAUGUCGCAGUAAACAGGAAGCACAUAAAAGGAUAACUCUGUGUUCCAGUUGGAUUCCUAGUAGUUCUAAAACAAAUUGGUCUGUGCCUAGAAGUAUCACAAAAAGGAUGAAAGUAAAAAAACUGCCUAUGAUUCUAGCUCUCCAUCUAAAGAGAUUUAAAUACAUGGAUCAGCUACAUCGCUAUACAAAACUCUCUUAUAGAGUAGUGUUUCCUUUAGAGCUUAGACUUUUUAAUACUUCAGGAGAUGCCACCAAUCCUGACAGAAUGUACGACCUUGUUGCUGUAGUAGUUCAUUGUGGAAGUGGCCCUAAUCGAGGACAUUAUAUUGCAAUAGUGAAGAGUCAUGAUUUUUGGUUGCUCUUUGAUGAUGAUAUUGUAGAGAAAAUAGAUGCACAAGCUAUUGAAGAAUUCUAUGGGUUGACCUCAGACAUUUCAAAGAACUCUGAGUCUGGUUACAUUCUCUUCUAUCAGUCUCGGGAUUGAAUGGGAAAUGUGGUGAAGAGAGAUUUUAUGCCUCGUUUCUUCUCUGGCUAUGUUGGAAUGGAGCAAGCACUGAUUUAAAAAAAGGAAUGCAGGGAGCUCCAGGGACAGUAGCACAGUUUGCACACCACAAAGCAAAGUUUGAAUUUUUUUAAAACCCUUCAUAUCAAGUUCAUUUUAUUUGCUCAGGUAUCAUGCUGACUACACAAUUCUGUUACAACUGCUAGGAGAAAGGAGAGACACCAGCCACUCUUGCAGGAGCAACCUUCCAACAGCUAACACAUUUUCUCUUUUUAAAGUCCUGAAUCAGAGCCCCUUAAAAUCAAUAGAAAGACUCCCAUUGAUUUCAUUGGGGUUUGGUUCAGGGCUAAUUGCAACGAUCUGGCAGUGCAAUAGAAGUAAUAUAAAUCUGGUAUUUUAUACUGAUUUCUUAUUUGAAAAGACAGAGAAUUUUUUGUGCAGUGAUUUGCCUGUAUUCACUUCUGAAAGAAUAUGGCGGGCAGGGUUUGUUUGUUUUUCUUUGUUUUUCCUGGGUUCUUUCAUAUAUAAACAAGAAAUAUACUUGGGACAACACAGUUGCCUUCUUGACUGUAACAGGUUAACUGAAAAGAUAAACUAGUGUCAGGGAGGCUAAGAAUGUUUUGCUUCUCUGAAGAAGCUUACAUUAUAGUAAUAUAUACCUAUCCUGUCGGGAACAAUCAGUAAAAAUUAUGGCUUUUAAUCUCCCUAUGGAGAAAGAUGGGGUUAUUAAUAAUAGUUUAUUUUUAUUUAUGAAUUACUGUAACUACUAGAGUCCUAUGUAUUGUCUUUGAGUAUAGCAAAUCUUGAACAUAAUUUAUAUAUUAAUUUGAAUUAGAUUUACUUAUUCCAUGUAAGUGGGUUUUUUAGGAAAGACAAAUUCUAAAUAAAAUGCAUAAAAUGUCUUUUUAAAAAAUUGGUAAAACAGAAGGGGUAUUUUCUCUUUCAGGAGGAACUGGUAUCUGGCUCAGUGUUUUACAUUGUUUAAUUAUUAAAUUAAAAUAUGAAUCUGUUUUUGCUCUGCUGAAAAAGCCAAGCUGUAAAAUAUUUCCUGUAGCUGUCUGAAUGAUGAUUGUAAGAAUGCUUAUUAUAAUGAAAUGGUGGUGGUGUACCCCAGUUCUUACUGGUUUUUAUUCAUUAAGGGUCCAUACGCUAAAUAAUUUGUUAGAAAAACCUGGAUCAAAAUAAACAGUUUUCAAAAUAUUCCCUCCUCAGAAAAUUGUUCCAUUCAGACUCCCAACAGCCUGGGUGACUUUCAAAAAACUCUCCAAAUAAUAAAUGAAAUAAUCUAGGAAUGUAAAGGGAAUUCAGUGUAUUGAGAUUUUUUUUAAGUCCUAUGAAGUGAAAUUUUCUGAAAUUAAAGUUUACCUUGCUUUGGGUUUAUGAAACAGCAUUAAGAUUUAAAUAAUUGCACCACCAAGUAAUAGAUAUAAUAAGAAAUAUGUGAAAUGUUGUGUUCUGAUACUUUUCCAUGCAUCAGUUUGUUAUCUGACAGUGGCUGAAUGUAAUUUCUGGAAAAUGAUGGAAUACAUAUUUCAGAUUAUGGCUAUCAAGUCUUGGAUGUCCUUGUCAUCCCAUUUCAGAUUGUGAUUUUUACUUUAUUGUAAUUUUAUUGAUACUGUUGAAACCUUUAAAAAGAAUGUCUCCUGUCUGCUGCUAUAACUAAUAUAUUUACUUACUUGUAUUUUUAGCUCAGGAAAAGACUUCACCUAUUCAUUCAGUUGAACAAAUUUUGAACAGGGUCACUAAAUAAAUUGGGCUAUUUAACAAAUAUGAAAGAAAAUUCUUGUCAUUAUAACAGGUUGCUUUUAUAAAUGCAAAUUUUCUGAAGCCUUGGCUUGGCUGAAAUUCUUUUGUAUGAAUUAUGUAGCUUGGCUAAACUACUAGCAUUUCAAAGAAAAGCAUAACAUAUUUUGGGAGAGGCAUAAAAAUAUAAUGGAUUGGAUAUUUUUAAGGGCUUAUACCAAAUUAAUUUGGAACCUAAAUCUGUUUUUCAAGGUUUCAGUGGGAAAAGAGUGAGGAGUGAAUCAGCUGGACCAUAGUACAUGUCAGAAAGAUGAAGUCCCUUGCAUUAAAUGUACAGCUUUGUAAAACCAUUGUCCCAUUAGUUUUUGUUAACUGAUAAAUGUUUGCUUAGUCAUUUUACAGUUUUUAAAAAUGUUUGUAGUUAAAAGCCAAGCUUAGUUGCUAAACACAUUUUAAUACAGUAACAAAAUUUAAAGGAUUUUUGUUUUUACUGGUAGCCACAGGAUAUUUUGCUUCACUCCUGCGACAUAUUUUUAUAAAAUGGUUAUUUAUUUUGGAUAAGAUGUUUUGAGAUAGUGGUUCCAAAUGAUGCAUUUAAUUUCACUUCUAGUGCAGCUGAAAAAUGUAAGUAAAUUCUUGAUAAAAUUAAUACCAGAAACUACAGGCAGAGGAAAUACAAAAUGUAACUGAACAAUAUAAAAAGCAUUGUAAGAUUAUCUCUUGAUUGUAAUUUCAAUGGGAAGUGUGAGAAGACUCUUCACUUGUAAAUGGUGGAAAUGAUUUCUGUGUAACUAUGUAAAUGUUAAUUGGGAUAACAGGUCCCCUAUUUUGUAUAUUGGAGCAAAAACUUCUAUUAAAUAAUAAAAUAUGUUUUCUGAACAUAAGUACUGUA